AUGCUUAAGAAGGCUCAAUGGUUAUGUUCCAGGACCGUUAAGACGCUCCACACUCCGAUUUACAAUGCGAGCAAUCUAGCAACGCGUCAAAGCUUGUUGACCUACAUCGCUAUACUGGAGAAAGUUGUCCAUUCUGCCUCUUACAGCCGGUCCGUGCUAUAUGCUGGCAAAUACAAGAAGCUGCCUCAGGCAAUCUCUGGAAAUGACACGGUAAGGAUGAACUACAUGCUGAAAGAGCUCUUGACGUCGCUGCAGCUAUCAGAGGCGGAGAACCCGGAACAACAGCGAGAUCCAUCAAGGAAGCUGGGCAAGAUCGGCUUGCAACUGUUCAUGGCUUGCCAGCAGGAUAACAUAACGGCACUCGGUACCGGCCUUACAAAGAGGCUCGUGGAAUGCUAUAACCGUUAUCCCUCGCAAGACAUGGCCGCGAGCAUCGAAACCUCGCUGUCAAGGGUUCGCGAAUUUUUGAAGCAGAACAAACUUAUCAUCAAGGACCGCGGUGACAUCGACCAAUUGGUCAGCAAGCUCGCUAGCAGCGAAGAAGAUGCUAGUACAAUCCAAAAGGUGUUACUGGAGCUGAACUACGAGUUGGUUUCGGACGAGGUGAUCCGAGUUGUCCGCGGGCGUCGGACUGAAGACGAAAUUGAGGUUUCGAAAGGCUGGAAGUUUCCAUCUGGCCUACUAGACUCCAACGAGCCGUACAAACGAUCGCUCCAGCUUUCGAAAAAUAAGCUAGUGGCCGUCAACAGCGAAAGCCUUGUGCUGGUUCACGACGGCACGCUGAGGGAGGCGGACAAGAUCCUCCCGUCGCUACAUUACGCUUCCAAGCAGCAAAAAUCGCUGGUCAUUGUUGUGAACGGAGACUGCAUCGGUGAUGCACUUGCUGCGAUCACAAUCCACAACAACAAGUGCCGCCGCCAGGGCGUGCCCUCACAGGCCAUAGUGCUCCGGUACAUUGCUCGUGAUCAUCAAGGUGUAGAGCUGCAGGAGAACAUUGACUUUCUCAGCUUUUUGAAGUUGCCCCAGGGCGUGGGUAGUGUGUACUCGCCAGAGUUCAGUGAACACGUGCCGAGCACGGCGUCAGCCGCAUUGUUCUUUGGGUCGCUAGAGUCGCUGAAAGCCACCACCGGCGAGGCCUUUCUGUACAAUACCCAGGUUGGGGGCCAAGAGAUCCGCAACGACGCCCUGCGCACCACGGUGACGUUGCAUGUGGGCGGACACAGCGAGCUUGAGAUCGACCACCGCCGCGCCCAGCUGGAUCACAUCAUGAACAACAUUCUGUGCCAUGGGCUUGCGCACGGCUGGGUCCCUUCCCAGGGAGUUGCCCUGGCCAAGUCUGUUGCUGUAUUGCAGAGCGGCGACAGCCGUAGCGCUCGCUCUCCGGGCGCUGACGUGCUUACCGAGAGCCUGACGUUACCACUGGAGUCCGCGGUCACAAACCUAUAUGCAGCUCACAGGUUCGAGGCCAGCAGGCUCACUGCCGAGACAAUCGCAGACCCCUCCUUCACCACUGCAUAUUUGCCGGAAAAGUGCUCGACGGUCGAACGUGGUGUGGUCGAGCCCUGGAGCAAUAUCGAUAAAAUUCUGGCUGGUGUAGCGAGCUUCGUAAAGCUUGCCGCCAGCUGCGACGUGCUCGUGACGAGGUUUUUCGACAAGCCUAAGAAGAACGACUGA